AUGUCGGACACCACAUCAAGGAUGUCUUUGCAGCAGCACGGUCAGAUCACGACCAAUGGGAGCGCCAUGUCGGCAUGCCCAGGGCACACGGAGGUGCCGAAAGAGGUGGCGCGACACCAUGAGCAUGUGGUGGCUGCGGGGCAAUGCUGCUCGGUCGUGGUGCAAACGAUGAAAACGCCGGUGGACGCGGUGUGGUCGUUGGUGCGGCGCUUCGAUGACCCGCAAGGGUACAAAGGCUACAUCUCGAGCUGCCACCUCUGCGUGGAGGGUGAUGGUGCCACAGUGGGAUCGGUGCGGGAGCUGAAUCUCAUAACCGGAUUUCCUGGCAAGAGUAGCCGCGAGCGGCUUGAGAUCUUGGACGACGAGCAGCGGGUGAUCAGCUUCCGCAUCCUAGGCGGCGAGCACUGCUUCUUCAACUAUCGCUCUGUUACUAGCGUGCAUGAGGUGAUGUCGCCGGAUGGGCCACUCACCAUGGUGGUUGAGUCCUACGUGAUGGACGUGAUGCCGGGGAACACGGCCGAAGAGACGCGCUAUGUUGCAAACACCAUCAUUGGAUUCAACCAUAGAAACCUGGCCGAGUGGACAUGA